CAGCAGGCAUCAACAAUAAUGGCAGCCAGAUGACAGGUGUCCGGAAAAAUAUUUUCUGUGUAUUUAGGAUAUACUGCCGCAGUUACCAGUGAUCCUGUUACCAUGACACUGGUAGCUGCCGCGAGUAGAUUUGCGAGAGUCUAUAUUUUUAGUCCGGAAGCGUUCAUAUUGUGCAUAUUGCUACUACUUUUGUACAACUCUUUUCUUCACAUCCAACCUCUCUGGCGGUUGUUCCAAAGAGCCCGUGUGAAGCUUCAAUUGAAACUAAGUGGGAACUACGACCAUGUUCCGGAGCAUAGUGAACAAGAGGUGUCACAAGAAAAGACUAAAGCUUCCUGGGAAUCUAAAAAAGAAAAUGUUGCAGUUUUCGCUAUACAAGGCCGCCGUCCACAUAUGGAAGACCGUUUUAAUAUUGUGAUUGACUUGGAACACACAAGAACGUCUAUAUAUGGCAUUUUUGAUGGCCAUGGAGGAGAGUUUGCAGCAGAUUUUGUGGAGAAGACUUUGUUUAAGAGCAUCAUGAUACGGCUACUAAAGAUUUCACUGGGCGAAGAACCCGAGAACUUCACUCAGAUGCUGAUCGAGGAGUUUCUCACCGUGGACAAACAGCUGCUCAGUCUGGCCAAGUCAAACAUGGAAAUCUCAGGCACCACAGCGCUGGUGGCGUUGUUGAAGGACAGGCAGUUGACUGUGGCCAACGUUGGCGACUCCCGCGGGGUGCUCUGUGAUCAGGAUGGCAAGGCCGUCCCUCUCUCCUUCGACCAUAAGCCACAGCUGCUGAAAGAAAGGAAGAGGAUUCGUCAGGCCGGGGGUUUCAUCAGCUUCAAUGGGGUGUGGAGGGUAGCUGGUGUGCUAGCCACAUCAAGGGCUCUCGGGGACUACCCUCUGAAGGAGAAAAACUUUGUGAUAGCCGAACCAGAUGUCUUGAAAUUUGACAUGGACGAAAUUCAACCCAAGUUCCUUAUUUUGGCCACAGAUGGAUUGUGGGAUUGCUUCAGCAACGAGGAAGCUGUGGACUAUGUGAAAGAGAGGCUGUCAGAGCCUCACUAUGGUGCCAAGAGUCUCGUGUUGCAAGCAUAUUACCGGGGCUCCGUAGACAAUAUUACUGUGAUGGUGGUAAACUUCACAACAGGGAAGGUGGCAUAUUACAACGCUAAUCGGUAGUUGGUGGUCGUCCAAAGCUGUCUGUAUUCAUUGAAGGAUUCUCUAACAUGGUUGUAUGUUAUCACAUUAUUCCCCCGAUUGUGUGAAUGGUUGAUACAUUCUUUUAUGGCCUUAUCUCAAAAAUGCAGCUCAAAUUUUGUCAAUAUCUAAAUAGUAUGUUUUCCGAGAUCUCACCUAAUUCUACCUGUUGCUAAACACGUGACACAGGACACGCUAUCCUUGCAAAAUGGCCUCCAUUCUAUAGCAGACUUAGAUUGACCAAGAAACAUUGCAGGUCGUGUGCUCAACGCUUCACUUCCAUUCGGUCAGAGUUUGUUUGUUUGUUGUGUAACGCCGCACUCAGCAAUAUUCCAGCUAUAUGACGGUGGUCUGUGAAUAAGUGAGUCUGGACCAGACAAUCCAGUGGUUGAUAUCAUGAGCAUUGACCC